AGACCUCUCAUGGUUCAUUGUCACCAUGUCCCUGCUGUGCCCACUGCUGCUGGCUUUAGCCCUGGUGGCUGUCCCUGGUGCCCAUGGCAAUUGCCCGGUGCCCGCAGACCUGAAGAAGUCAGAUGGGACGCGUACGUGCGCCAGACUCUAUGAGAAGAGUGAUCCAUACUAUGACAACUGCUGCCAGGGGCCCGUGUUGUCUGUGGAGCCAGGUACUGACCUGCCCUAUCUGCCCUCGGGCUGGUCUAACACUGCAUCGUCUCUGGUAGUGGGCCAGCGCUGUGAGAUCACUGUGUGGUCUCUCCCCGGUAAGCAUGGCAAGACCCGCAAGUUCACCGCGGGUUCUUACCCUCGCCUGGAAGAGUACCGCAAAGGCAUCUUUGGAGACUGGUCCGACUCCAUCUCUGCCCUCUACUGCAAGUGCUAUUGAUGCCUUGAGGCUCUGUCUACCCAGCCUGGCCUUGGGAAUUGCUGUAGCUCCAAGAGCCAGGAGGCAAGAUGACCCCACGACCUGCUCUCAUAGCUUCCCUGUAAUACAGCCCUUUCAAAGUUACAAC